AUGGAUAAUAUCAAAGAGAAGUGGAGCUUCGGCCGUUCGGGCCAAGAAGAGGCUGGCGAGGAGGGAGAGGAGUGCGGGCAGAGGGUUAGAGAGUUGUUGGACGUGCGGGAGGGCAGUAUGAAACCGGUGAAGAGAGAGUAUUCAGGCCCGCUUCUCUGGCUUCGGGCUUGCCAUGGCCCAGCUGAGAGUGGGGCCAGGGCCUUGGCCGGGUGGGCGGAUUAGGGCCGUGGUGUCUGCACAGCGCGGCUGGUCAUCUGCCUCGCCCGCCGCUACCGCCCCGCCUUGUUCUCUGUCCGUUUCUCUGCCUCUCUCACCCCGAUCUUGUUUUUUACCCCUCGGGGCCAUGUCCAUAAGGAAGAAUAUUUUAUUUACUUGAUCAUAUUCAAAGUAAACUUGUACAACAUUGCCUUGCCGUUCCCUCUCUCUUUUGCUUGUAAUUAACAUGUUCGUUUCCCGUUCCGAUAAUUCCGGCCCAACGGCUUUGAUUGACUUUUUACAAGGUUUUUCUUUGUUUUUAUUGAUAUCCGCAGCUUUUUUGGGUAAAAUUUUGGGCAUUGGGAAGGUCGCGAGUGGUUAACUGUGGUCAUAAAUGAAACUCCAAUGUUGUUUUGUUGAUCAGAAACGACGUUUUAAUCAGGUUCUUGUUCUUUCGGAUAUUGUUUUUGAUGCUGCCCGAGGUUUCCUGUGAAGCAUAAUCAGCGAAUCAUCUUAGCGUUAUAUUGUUCUUGAUUUGUCUAACGGCUUCUUUUUGUCAUAUUCAUUUAAAUUUUUCACAUCCCGCGUUGAGUUUUUGCAUUUUGUAUUCCAAAUAAUUAAUCUUUAGCAUCCAGAAUGUCGGACAAGGAUAAGGGUGGCCUGCCGGGCGCUCAGCAUGCAGUCCCGCCACCUAAGACUUCUGGUGCUGCAACUGGUGGCCAACAACUCUCGGCCACGGCGAACCAAUUCGUGGAUAAGAUCGAUCCCUUCAGCAAACGAGGGAAUAGUCGGAGACGGAGAAGGCCUGUGAAUAGCAGCAGAUAUCAUGGCGACAAUGAUCCCGAUCUGGUUCAACUCCCUCUUAUUAAAGGUAUGUAUUUGUGUUUGGUUGGUCUCGAGUUUAGGCAGGAAGAAUAUAAGAAGAGAUUUUAAAUUAAUUGCAAAAAACACGUGAUUUUCGACGUAAGGACCAAGAUAGCUAGUGCGACUUAUACCAUUUUUAAUUUUACACGGAAAAUCAAACUUCAGAUGCCCCCUUUAAUGAGCAGACCGCACUCGCCAUCCAGAAGCUACAACAAUGUCAAAAAAUCUUCGACUUUUAUGAUCCAGUUGCGCAACUCAAAAGUAAAGAGGUAAGAACGGUUGCAAUGGCAUACUGAAUAUCAAAAAUUGUUUUCAGAUUAAACGGGCAGCGUUAAACGAACUAAUUGACUACAUAACAGCAACGAAGGGUGCCAUUGUGGAACCCAUCUACCCUGAGAUUAUUCGGAUGGUUUCCAGGAAUAUAUUCAGAGUUCUCCCUCCCUCGGACAACUCCGAAUUUGAUCCUGAAGAGGACGAGCCAACAUUAGAAGUUUCUUGGCCUCAUUUGCAGGUAAAAUUAUUUCGUUAAUUGUGUUGUUUUGGGACUUUAUGACCUUCAACGUGAAUUAUUUUAGCUAGUUUACGAGUUUUUCCUACGGUUUCUGGAAUCCGCCGACUUCCAAGCCACCAUUGGCAAGAAACACAUUGAUCAGCGAUUCGUAUUAAACGUUUGUUCAAUUUUUUAUUAUUUAUUUUGAAUAUUUAGUUGUUGGAACUGUUCGAUUCGGAAGAUCCUCGAGAAAGGGAUUUCUUGAAGACUAUCCUCCACAGAAUCUACGGAAAGUUCCUAGGACUCCGUGCUUUCAUCCGGAAACAGAUCAAUAACAUGUUCUUGUCCUUUGUUUUCGAAACGGAUUCUUUCAACGGAGUCGGUGAACUGUUGGAAAUCCUUGGAAGGUAAGGCUGAUGUUUCUAAAAUUUAUUUUCGGGGUGAUUUCGUAAUUUAAUGAGUUUUUUUCAGUAUUAUAAACGGAUUCGCACUGCCAUUGAAACAAGAGCAUAAGGUCUUCCUAGUGAAGGUCCUUCUUCCUCUCCACAAACCUCGAUGUUUGAGCCUUUAUCAUGCUCAGGUAAGCCCAUUGUUUUUUUUUUUUUUUGAUUCCUGUUUUAGCUGGCCUACUGUGUUGUACAAUUCAUCGAGAAGGACUCCACUUUAACCCCUCAGGUUUUCGAAGCUCUUCUCAAGUUCUGGCCUCGAACUUGCAGCUCCAAAGAAGUCAUGUUCCUUGGAGAAGUGGAGGAAAUACUGGACAUAAUCGAGCCAGAGCAGUUCAAGAAAAUCAUCGAUCCCCUCUUCCGACAGCUUGCCAAAUGUGUAUCGUCCCCUCAUUUCCAAGUAAGAAUCUUGUUUUGUAGUAUUGAGUUGAUAGCUUUAGGCGUAAAUCAUUAAUUUUCUUAAUCGCGAGUCGGAUUAAGAAAGGAUAAUUCUUGUAGAAUAACGUAAAUUAAGGAUUGUUUUGAGUACAUACGAUUAGAGGCUUGGUGUCAUCGCCAAAUUAAUAAGUUUUUAAUUAUUACCGCUGGUUUUUCAGGUGGCGGAACGGGCAUUGUAUUUCUGGAAUAACGAGUAUAUCCUAUCCCUAAUCGAAGAGACGAGUGCACAAGUGAUGCCCAUUAUGUUCCCCGCCCUGUACCGAAUCAGCCGAGAGCAUUGGAACCAGACAAUCGUCGCCCUCGUCUACAACGUGCUCAAAACUUUUAUGGAAAUGAAUGGGAAAUUGUUCGACGAACUAACUGCUAACUAUAAAAUGGAAAAACAGAAGUAAGCGAGGGGUUUAGAGGAUGAGUAAUGUGUUCGUAAAAGCGUUUACGAGCGAUAAAAUACUAAUGAAUGGAAGGGGAUAUUGGUUUAGAAUAAGAUGAAGUGGGGUCUUCUUUUGAUUGUAGUAUUUUUAUCGUAAAUGUUUGACUAAUCAGAUUGUUAUAGGGAAAGGAGAAAAGAGCGAGAACGAGAAGAACUGUGGAGGCGACUCUCCGUGCUGGAACAGCAGGACAUCGAAACUCUGGUCAAGAACCCACCUCAGAUCCUGUCCAAGACUCCGAUGACCGCCUUCAUCCCCCCGAAACAACCGGGGUCGGGCCCAGCGAACAGCACUGGCCCUGCAGCACCAACCAGCGGAGGAACGGGUAGCCAAGGAGCGGGCGAGAAGUCGCCGGCAGCAGGCAAGAAGAGCUCCAGCGCCUCAACUGGCUCUCGGGAUGACAAAAACGACAAAACGAACGAAAAGAGCGGAGAGAACAAGAGCUGA